AUGGCCCCGCAGGUGUCUGCUCUGGCCCUUCUCCUGGCCCUUCCGCCCCUGCUGUCUGCCCAGGGAGCGACACCGGCCAGGCCCAGCAACCUCACGACUCCAGAAAAAUGUGAAAUACCAAAACCCUGGGACCCCAGAUUGCAGUUUACCCCCGAGGGGCCGUUCUACGCCCUGGGUGACUCGGUGACACUGAGCUGCCCUGAGGGGUAUCGGCCGUCACCGCCUGUGAUCGAAUGUGUCAGAAAUGGGAACCAGUCUGUCUGGAGUGAGACACCCACCUGCCAGGGGGUUUGUACGACGGCAGGAAACUGGCCCCCGUCGGUCUCUGCUGCCUCCACACAGACAGAGUUUGCUGUCGGCGAGAGGGUUCACGUGACCUGUUGCCCGGAGCAGUACGAGGGGCGCUCGGCUUGGAUGCGAUGUACGGAGACGGCUGGGCGCGUGGAGUGGGACACGAGCCGUGUGAGCUGUGUGGAAAAGUGCCACAAACCCAGCUGGGCCUCAGCUCUGCGGUUCGAACCGGACAAGAAAUAUUAUAGCAGGGAGGAGCCAGUGACCCUGAGCUGCCCGGAGGGGUUCGAACCCUCGCAGCCCGUGAUCACAUGUACCGGACAGGGGAGCCGGAGUGUCUGGAAUCAGACUGCUGCCUGCCUGGGUUAG